AUGACUCCUACCUGUGGAUCCUGUGAGGCUGGCCCAGCAGGCUUUAGACACGCAGUCGGGAGACCAGUGCUUGUUGUAACUGCAGCAGGGCCACAGUAUUUCGGGACCUUGACCCAUUAUGAUGGGUUCGGAAACGUCCUGCUCAAGGACACUGCCCAGAGAAUAACCAACGGGGUACUGUACGCAGACGUUCCUAUGGGCUGGGUUCUUGUACGUGGGGACGAUAUGCUUGCAUUAUUGGUGGACCCUGUGGUGAACCCCGCACUGCAAAAGGAAAACGACCCCGGACAGAUUUUCCCCGCCCCUGUAGAUGCAUAUAUUCAGUAA